UUAUCUUGGUUUUCACACAUGUGCGAGAUUUGAUUUUGUCAAUCUUGUUACUCACAAAUGAAAGCUAUAACGAUAUUAUCUUUUUGCAUUAAAAAUUGCGGCCAAAUAUUUAAUCAGCGAUUCAAUAUUACGGUAAAGAAUACAUGCAUCCCAUUUCAUAAUUUGUCAAAUGUGUUUCGAUUUUGUUCUUCGAGUAAUUAUACGCCGACAAACGAACAGUAUUUUAAGAUUCGUGAUUUAAAUAGACAACUUUUAACGAAAAUUGUUCCUUCUCUUGAAAAGGAUGAGAAGUCGACAACCAUUUGUACAGAAAUUGAAUUUGUUAUUGCUAAAAAUAGACGAUUUCCAGAAAAUAUUACAAUUGAUCAAUUGAAAUCGUUAUGUAAUUUAGAAACACGCACUCAAAGAUUAGAAUAUUUGUCUUUCCUUUUCAAGAAAGAAAGACAUAAAAUUUCUGAUGCUUUGAAAAAAUUAGAGAAAAGGAAAGAACGAACACUCAAAAAGCCCGAUUUAGUGUAUAGUGUGACAAACCCGUCGAUAAAAUAUGGAUUGGGUAGAAAUUCUAUAUUACUGUCUGUUCGGACUCAUGCUAUGAAUAAAUUUUACAAAUACCGAUUGGCAUAUGCAACUUUAUUCGGUGAGAAAAUUGUACUUGAUUUAAGUUAUGAUCCUUUUAUGACAGAAAAAGAGAAAAGUGCUUGUGUUACACAAUUAGCUCUCAUAUACAGUGCAAACAGAAAAAAUCGAGAUCCAUAUGACUUGCACUUUUGUAAUGCCAUUUCGUCGUAUAUGUGUGUUAAGAAAUUUCAAAACUUUCUGCCAAAAGCAGCUGAAUCCUUUGUCACUCUAACUGAAAAGAGUUAUUUGAAUAUAUUUCCUAAGGAGAAGUUAGUAUAUUUAUCACCUCAUGCAAAAGAAACUUUGCAAGAAUAUGACCACAAUGCAGUUUAUGUGAUAGGUGCUUUUGUGGACACAGUGAAGAAACAAAAACUCUCUUUUAACAAAGCUGACAGUGAAGAAAUAAAAAGUUAUUCUUUGCCUCUGGAUGACUAUGUUAUGUGGGGAGCAGGAACAAAAAGUUUAACUGUGAACCAAGUUUUUGAAAUAAUGCUUAUCAUGAAAAAUACUGGUGACUGGAAGAAAGCAUUUGAAGUAAUACCUACUAGAAAAAUUCGGAGAUUGGACAAAGAGCAAAUAGAAAAACAGAAUGUCCCAGAUAAAAUAUUUUUAGUUAAUUCCUCUUAAAUGUCUCAUAGGUAAGAGCUCAUGUAAGUCUUGUUAACUUUAAUGUAUAUUCCAAGUUCCUUUUUGAUGGAAAUAUUCUCAACUACAAGCAGUUCAGUUUUUUAAAAAAUCUUUAAAUAUGUGCAAAGAAAAACCUGAUUAAAAUAAAUAUUCCUAUCUUAUAAUUCAUAAGGUGUCUAAAAUAAUGUUCCAAAAUUAAUAUUAAACAUUACUUCUAUUUCUCUUUCCAAAAGUUGCUUAAAUGGAGCUGAAUGGUGCAUGUGAAGUUAUUAUAUAAAAUAACAAGAUAUGCAUAUU